AUCUCAGCAGAAAGCAGAAUGAAUCCAAGUAGACCCCGGUCCCCGUCAGCACCUCACUGCUACCAGCAAGGCCUCAUCAGGAUGACUCUAGAAAACGCAGAACUCUGGAAGGCUUUCCACAGAACUGGGACAGAGAUGAUUAUAACCAAGCAUGGAAGGAGAAUGUUUCCCCACUGCUGCGUAAGUCUAUCUGGACUCCAGCCUUCUGCAAACUAUGUGGUCAUGGUGGACAUCGUUCCUGCAGACACCUUCAAAUACAAGUGGAAGAAGAAGCAGUGGGAGGUCACAGGAAAGGCCGAGCCCCAGCCCCCAUGUCGGACGUACAUACACCCCAGCUCCCCCGCUGCUGGAAGUCACUGGAUGAAGCAGUCGUUGUCCUUCCUGAAGAUGAAGCUCACCAACAACAUGCUGGACCAGCAUGGCCACAUCAUCCUUCACUCCAUGCAUCGCUACUACCCACGUUUUCAUGUGGUUCAGGCUGACAAUCCAUACAGCCUCUGCAGGGGCAACUUUCAGACCUUCUCCUUCCCAGAAACAGUUUUUACAGCUGUCACUGCUUACCAAAAUCCAAAGAUUACCAAACUGAAGAUUGACAACAAUUCAUUUGCCAAAAGAUUUCGAAAAGGAGACGCCAGUUCCCAAAGUCAAAUCUGCCAUUCAAAGAAAAUCCCUCCUACAAAACAACCCCCAAAAGAAAAAGAUUCUCGCAGCCGUUCUCCAGGCCUGCAGAGGAUGCCCUCCACCUCUCAGUCUUCUUCCACACCACAGCCGCUGAAGGGAGGUCACCUCUCAACAGCCUGGUGCCCUAAGCAGGACUCCUCUGGGACCCCACACCCCGAGCCCCCGGAGCUGCACGAGUAUGACUACAGCUGCGAGGAGCAGAUGGUGCCCACAACAACAGCAUACCGACCUUACAGGCAUGUGCAGUACACCAGAAUCCCUUCUGGAGACAAAACCCCAGCACAGACCACGAUUCAGCCUCCACCUCCCUCACUUCCCACCCCCGAACGAGACACCCAGCAGCGGGCCUACCACUACAACCAACAGGGCCACGGCCGCACGGCAGACUGGAGCCAGUACCCGCUUUUCUCCUACUCCUGCUGGUGAACUUCGGCCCUAUGAAACAGUCUAAAUCAAAAGAACAUACUUCAAAUUUAUUAGCCUGUGGUAUCUGUUAUUUUUGCCAUUAAAAUUCUGCAAAUUUUCAA